UAAAUACUCAUUUUCAUCACAGCCAGUCCAUAUCAAUCUCGAAGCAACCAAAGGAAAAAGCUUAACAUUUGGGGAUGGCUUUAAUCUGUGAAGGUAAGAGUUCAUGGCCCGAGCUCGUUGGAACACGGGCACAGGAUGCAGCUGUAACAAUUGAAACAGAGAAUUCAUUGGUCACUGCUAUCAUUGUGUAUAAAACUUGCGCCGUCCCUGCCGAUUUUAGGUGCGACAGGGUUCACGUGGUUGUUAACUGCAGUGGCACCGUUAUCGCAACCCCGUUUAUUGGUUAAGUCAGAAGGACACGUUCCAAAUUUAUGAUAAAUAUUUAGUAUGGUAUUGUAUUCGAAAUAACUCAACAAAUGGACGUUGUGGUCUUUAUUUAUUGUACGAAAACCUUAAAUAAAAUGGCUAAAUAAGGAACAAUGAUAAAGUUCCCACUCUGUUAAUCCUCUCUCUCUUUCUUUCUCUCUCCCUCUCUCACACACACUUUUUUCUGACAAUGGGUUACUCAACUAAAAUGGUCUAAAAGGAUCCUUAGAUCUUGCAUGUAUAGGUGGAAAUUUUAUCACGUAAGAGUCGAUUUAUAAUAUAAAUAAGAUAAAUUUCAAUAAGUUUAUUUGACAGUUUCAAAUAGAUUUAUCUAACAGUCAUCAACAUCUUUUUGAAAACCAUUCACAUUAAAUUCUCCAUCUGCCCAAAAUCAAUUAUUUCUCACUUACGUUGUACCGUACCUUCAAAUACAAGUUAUCCUAAUAAUAUAUACUAUUAAACAAUGAUCCUAUAAAUUUCACAACAACAAACAACUUGCACAUCCCAUAAUUAUCAUAUGGGAUUAGUAGACUCAAGUAGUCCUAAUUAUUUAUUUAUUGGUUGAUUGGUGAUAUUAUGCAUCAGUGAUAUCGUGACACCACUAUACAUUGAGCAGUGGUAAUCUAGCCCGGUUGUUAAGGCAGUUGUAAAUAACUUAUACUACUAGCUGGGUUGUUAAGAAGUGUUACAAAUAGCCGGAUUGUUAAGGCGUAAGUUAGCACGUACACUGCUAACGGUCGAACUAAAAUAAAAUAAUAAUAAUAAUAUACUAAAAUAUAUUGCACAAAAUAAUUUUUUGUUAUAAUACGAAAAAUAGUUGAAGUUGUAAUUACUCAAUUAUUUGGACUUUUUUCAGUCAUAUUUUGAGGUCACUUCGUUGAAUGAACCACCCUUCUUUAGCCACAGUUUUCAUCGGUGCUGGAUAUUUGGUGAAUUUUAACUUCAUAUUUUAUAUUUGACCUCGUUAACAAUAAAAAAUAUAUUAUUUAAAAAUUUGAUCAGAACUGAUAACUCAAAUUAAACUAAAUUUUAACAAAUUAUACUAAAUUUUUUAAAAUUUCAUUGUAUACACCUAGUACGUACAUAUAUAAAUACAAAAUUCAUAUCCAAUCACAAUCUAAUUGUUUAUAAUAUAUCCAACCCAGAACUCCUCGGUCCUCUCCGAAUUGAUGAUUUGGUUUAGUCUUCG